AAUCAAAGAGGGGUCCUCUAGAGAGGGGCGUGGCCUGACAACCAGCAAAGCAGCUGCGCCAAGCCGGACGGGGAGAGCUAGGCUGUUCUGGACCCGGGUCCAGGUACUUUUUGCGCUGCAUCUCUCUGGGCUCGGUGCGCGGGAUGGAGUGCACCCCGGAGGCCUCGGGAGGAGGCCAGGCCGAGGCCAGUUCCCCAGAGGAGACUUUGGGAAGCCCGAGGACGGAGCAGCCGCAGCCCCAGAGUCCGGAAGGCAGCCCCAGGCCGGAGAGGGCGGGGCGAGAGGCGGAGGGCGCGGACCCCGAGAAGCAGCAACCUCAAGGCCGCCGUGGACCACCACUCAGCCUGGGCUACGGCGCCUUCCGCCGCCUAGGCUCGAGCAGCCGCGAGCCGCCGUCGCCCGGCCCCGCGCCGUCGGAGCAGCCCCGGGACAGCGAGGCCGAGCUGCAGCCCUGGGCUGCGCCUGAAGAGCCGGGGCCUGGGCCCUGGGCUCCCAUGGAGCUGCAGGUGGACGUGCGCGUGAAGCCCGUGGGCGCGGCGGGCGGCAGCCGGGCACCCUCUCCGGCGCCGUCCACCCGCUUCCUCACCGUGCCGGUGCCGGAGUCGCCCGGCUUCUCCCGCCGUGCAUCGCCCGCUCUCCCGCCGCUGCAGCGCGCCCCGUCCCCGGGCGCCACGUGGGGCCGCGUCUCGCCGCUCGCUGCUGUCCUAACGGAGAGGGCGGGUCCCUCCGAGGGCCGCGUGGGCUCCCCGGGCUCCCCCGCAUGCCGCUGCCGCUGCCAGGAACCUGGGCUGACCCAGGAGGACGCCGUGCUGCUGCAGCGCGCAGGGAUGGACGGCAAGAAACUGCCGCGAGCUGUCACGCUCAUGGGGCUGCCCAUGUAUAUGAAGUCCCUGCGCUGGGCCCUGGUGGUCAUGGCUGUGUUUCUGGCGGUGUGCACAGUUACCAUUGUGGCCCUGGCCUCUACAACAGGAGCCAGGUGCCAGCCAUGCCCACAUGGCUAGAUGUGGCCUGAGGAGCGCUGCUGCUACUUCUCUGAAGAAACCCAAGACUUGGAGGGCAGCCGGGCAUUCUGCUCAGCCCGCCAUGCCACACUGCUCCUGCUGAACCACACCCAGGUGACAUGAGCUAGCUGGCCAGAUCCCAGAAUCCUGGCUCUGGAAGGAAUCUCUAAGAUCUCGUCCUUCACACUGGCAGUCACCAUUGCCAAAAGGAAUAAAGUGACAUGAAUGGGGACCAGAUGUCAGGUCUCUAAGUAUUUCAUCCUAAGAGCAAGGCACAGCUGGGAUGUUCCCAUCCAGGCUUGCUGGGAAAGACCCAGCAAUAUGAAAUUCUUGGUAAUUCAUAUAGAAAAUACAGCAUGUUUAGCACUGUACAAGUCAGGUAUUGCUUUAAGUACUAAGUAACAAGUGUCUCAAAAUUCCUCAGUGCCUUGUGACCACAAGCAUUUAUUUCUUGAUGGCCAAUCUUUGGGUGAUUGUCGAUGAUUGGUCUUGGCUGCAUUGGCUAGGUAGCUCAGCUUCAAGAUGCUGAUUGGCUGGCGAGGCUGCAAGGUGGGUUUGUGUGUGCCAUGCAAGUCUUACUCUUUCCUGAGAGACACUAUAUAAGAAAAGUGGCAGAAGAUCUAGAAGCAAGCCCUAUUGCAUGCACCACUUAAGGGCACGGCUCCUGUCAUCUGUCACUGGUCCUUGGCAGUAACAAGGACAAGGAUAUGAUAUGUGUCCCCAGAGGAGUGGGAGGAGCUAAUAUUUGCUGUGUAGUAUCCAAUUGGUGGGUUUGAGAGUGGCCAAAAAAACCAGAAACAACCAACCAAUAAACUGGAUCCAGAUGAA